CAUGAUCGUCUCACUCGUCGCCAGCAUGGUCCUUUCGAUCGCCAUCUACGCCAUGUGGCACGUGCUCGAAGUUUCUUACCGGCACAAGGCCGGAGCCCUGCUCAAGGCCGAGAACGACAGCGCGACCAAGCCGGCAAAGGUGAGCGGCCGGCCAACGCAAGCGACCGCGCCGUCGCUCGUCUGCACGUCGCCCAGCUGCGAACAGUUCUCCAGCAUCUUCCAGGACGCACUCUCCUACGACCAGGAACCCUGUUCGGACUUCUACCAGUUCGUCUGCAAGCGCUGGAGCUUGCGGCUGCCGCACGAGUACACCGUCAAGGCGGAACACCGGCACCGCAUCGUCGCGCUCAUGAGCCGCGUCCUGGACGAGCUCCCGCACUCCGUGGCUACCAGCCCCUCGGAGGCGAAGGCGGUCGACCUGUACUGGACCUGCAUGCAGCCGAAGCGCAACGUGGAGGCGCUCAGGGAGUUCAUGCGCAUCGAGGGCGUCACCCUGGACGAUGAUGACGAGUCGGGCGAGCACCCGCUGAAGCACAUUGUGCACCUGAACGUCCACUACGGCUUCGAGACGAUCUUCAACGUCGGACGAGGCCGGAGUGACGCCGUCGCCCAGUGCAGCGGCGCCAACUGGACGUUCGUGUUCGAGAAGGUCGACGUCCACACGCACGCGCCCUUCAUCGAAGACCUGACGGGCAGCGCCCACUUCAUCAAGAGGGCGUUCGAGCUAGUGAAGGGGAAGGAAAUUCCCGCAGCAGUGCUCCGCGACAUCAUCCGCGUCGACGCGUUCCUGGUGAGCCUGCUUCACCGCUUCACCUGGUUGCCCGUGAGAAGAGCGUUCCAGCUCGGAAAAGGAGGCUUCUUCGCGGCCAAUGUGACCGUGGCCGACAUGUUCCUCUACCUCGGCGAGACGCUGGACAUCCAGUUCGACGUCGAGGACUGCAUAGUGGUCGCGUCGAUCCACAUUAUCCAGCUGGUCGAAGAGAUUCUCUCAAAGUUCAGCACGACGCAGCUGAACAGGUACGUGCAGUGGUCGGUGCUGCGUCGCAUCGUUCCCAUCGCCGAGCCGACCCUCCUGGAGCCAAUGGAGCUGCGGCACUACUACUGCUACACCACGCUGGAGCGACUGCUGCGCUACGCACUAUCCAGACGCUUCCUGGAUAGCGUCGGGGCGGCCGGAGGUGCCGCGACGCGCGAGGCCUCAGCCAUGAUCAACAUCAUCCUGCGCUCAACUCUCUCCUUGGUCGACGCAAGCAGCUGGAUGAGCGUGAGCCAGAAGAUCAGUAUUCGCCUGGCACUGACCAAGAAAGCGCGCGUUACAGACUACCAUCUCUCGCAAGAGCUUGAUUGCCUGCAGGACUACUCUGAGAACAUAACCAGCGCCAACGCUCUUCUCGCUUGGGCCACAGCGGCGUCAACGAUCAGGUCUUGCCAGCUGAACAGGACGUCGCCGUCGCACGCGUUACCGAUGAGCACCGAGGUGACGUUCAGUUCGGAGGGACACACGCUGUCCGUGCCGGAGGCGCUGCUGAUGCCGCCAUUCUUCGGCUCCGACGGCCUUCCUGGGAUCAACUAUGGCGCCCUUGGUUUGGCCGCGUCCAGCGCGUUGAUGGGACUCCUGGAGCUGCACUUGUCGGGUGACCGACAAUAUUCGGGGGACUCCGAUGGCGAAGGCGGCUUUGGCAGCCGAUUAGAAUGCCUGAAAAAGGCCUACCAGGAAGACAUGCGCGUCGACCGAGGCACGCUGAACAAGAUGGCCGCGCUGCGAGACUUCGUGGGGCUCCUGCCCGCGUAUCGGGCCUUCGUGUCGUCGGCGUCCGCACAGCGACUCAAGGGCCUCGGGUGGAUGAGCGAGGAGCAGCUGUUCUUCGUGGCCUUCUGCUACCAGCAGUGCGAGAACGUGGGCGACGAGCGGACCUCGAAGGCGCUGCCCGUCGCCGCCUACCGCUGCAACGUGCCGCUCAGGCACACGCCGCAGUUUGCGGACGCGUUCAACUGCUCGCUGGGAUCGCCGAUGGUGUCGCCCGAACGGUGCACUUUCUGGGACGAAGCCUUGGAUCAAGCCACGACGCGAGCAGCGAGAAGAUCGGACGCAUCCCACUGACACACGCGCCAC